CGUUUAUCACGAAAAGUCACUCGACUUUGCUUUCAUCUAUAUUUAUUUUCUUUCCCUUUGAUUAUUCUGAUCACACUCGCCCAACAUGUCGAAGAAAUUUGAUCCCGAGACGGCCGAGAACUUCGAGGAUAUGGAGAAGCAGUUCGCGGUUAAGGCGGUCGAACAUCUGAUGACCUAUUGGUCGAUUCUCGAGAAGGUCCCAGGCUCGCAGCUUCGGUUGACAAGGAUGGACAACGAGAUCUACGAGAGCUUCAUGAAAGAAUUCCCCGACUUCGAUCCCGCUGCGACUCUCAACGAGGACGAAAUGAAGAGUAAGGCGGGCAAGGAGAAGUGGCGCAACUGGAUGAAGCAGUACGAGAAAACGGUUGACGACUACAACUUCGGCACUAUGCUGCGCUCGAACCCUAAGUUUGAAUACGACCAGGAAACUACAAUCUUUGCCGUGCGCAUGCAGUUCUAUGCCGUUGAAAUCGCCAGAAACCGUGCCGGUCUUAAUGACUGGAUCUAUGAGCGGGCCCAGAAGGCAAAGUCCAGCUCGUAAGCUCAGUGUUACUAUUUCAUGUUCGCCAAACCCCGGAGAGGGUUACUGGUCGAGGGAAUCUCGGACCACCAGCAAUGACUGACUUCCAUCAAAAAUGGGGUCUGCGGAGUAUUUGCAAAAUGACUAUCUACUCAAUUAGACUCUACAGCGUCUCUGGACGUAGGGCCAGAGCGCGGUCCAGAUGGCUUUGACAUCUGAUAGAGAUUACCCUCGACUGUUAUAGAAUUUCUCUUUUCUGAACGCAAAAGUGUACAUACAUUACAUGCGGUUGUGGAUGUCGGUGUAGUUAGUUUGGUACUGG